GUGAAAUAAUAAUAUUUAAAAUGGAGAGAGACAACAAUCGUUAUUUGAGUGUUUUAGUACCUGGAAAAGUCAGUAACCCUCUUAACGCCAUCAGCGCCAUUAAGGGUACUAGGAUGAAAUAAACAGGAAUCUGAAGGAAUUGAAUUUGAGGUUCCUCUUGAGGAUUUUGAGGGUAAAGAUAACAAUUUACAACUUGAGAUUGACAUUAACAGGAAUGCAGGUACUCCUUGCUUUGUUAAAUUGAGAAAGAAAAGGGUAACUUCUGUGCUAAUGAAAGUCAAGAAGCAGCCCGAUAAUAUUUGUAAUCCAAUCUUCCAUGAUACUUCUAAAGGUGAUAUUGAAGACCAGCUGCUAACUCGAUUUGAUCAUUUGAUUGAUUCCUUUAGCAAAAAUAUAAAAACCAAUAAAUUGAUUGAAGAUGUGGACCUAAUUUCCCGAAAUGAGGUCUUAUCACAGUCAGUUGAGAAAGAAGAGCUUGAAAAGGCUAUUAUUGAUAAUGGAUUACUCAAAGAUUCGGCAAAUACAGUCGAUCCUGAUACAUCUAAUACUGAUGCCCCUUGCUCAAAAUCUAGCCACAAAAAAGGCUUCUCGCUAUCUUACGAUUAUAUGCACCCAUACUAA